CAAGGAGUUCCUUAAUUCGUUCAAAAUGAAGCUAUUGCUUGUAUUAUUUGUAUCCGUGUUUGUUUGUCUUGUUUGCGGGAAAAAGGAACACAAGAAACAAGAUCCCCCAUACAAGGGAAACUUGACGCUGUUCCUAAGAUCCCACGACAUGGUGUACACUUUCAAAGUCCGUGGGAGAACAAUCAAGCUGCAGCGACCCAUCCUUAACCUGAAGGAGAAAUACGAAAAUGAAAGAAAAAAGGCCGGAAAAGAAAAAAGUCUGCGAUCAAUUUUGAGUGACAAAGAGCUGAAAGAAUUGAAGAAUCUCAUUCAAGCUCCUCAUGCAAUAAAUCUUCGGGAUUACAAUGUGAUUUAUCCAGGAACAAAAUGGUGCGGAACCGGAAAUGAUGCGACAAAUUAUGAAGAUUUAGGUACCGCUGAGGACGUUGAUAUGUGUUGUCGAGAGCAUGACCUCUGCGACUUUAAAAUAGAUGCGGGUCAGAGCAACUACGGAUUGACAAAUGAUGGAUCUUAUACUAGGGUGUCGUGUGACUGUGAACAAACCUUCUAUGACUGCCUGUCUAAUGCACAGGAGAAUUCCUUUGAUGCGGCUAUGAUUGGAUUCAUAUACUUCGAUGUUCUCGAUCAAGACUGUAUCAGAAAGAGAAGAAUCUGUACAGGAUAUUCAUGGUGGGGUAAUUGCAAUAGCUGGACAGAAGUUGCUGAUGAAUAUGAAUUUGCUCCCAAUGAACUUGAUUACAUCUGGUAGAACGCUAGAAUUAUCUGUAUCUGUCCUCUUCUUAGUUUUUCAAUAGAUGAACAGUAGAUUCGAAU